AAUAAUUGAGUUCCUAAUAUAAAAUAUAAUGAUCAUUUAUUCUACAUCAAAUAUAUUAAAGUUUAAUUAAUUUUUUGAUUUAUUAAUAAAAUUGAUAUAUAAAUAUAAAUGAAUUUCGAAAAUGAAUGUUGAAGCAAAUAGACUACAAACUUUUACUGAUUGGCCAGCAAAUGCUGCAGUUGAUGCUGCUCGAAUAGCAAAAGCUGGAUUUUAUUAUAGUGGACAUGGUUUAGAAGUACAAUGCUUUUUAUGUGGAGUAAAAAUUUCUGAUUGGAAUUAUGGUGAUCAAGCUAUAGUUCGUCAUCGAUUAGCUGAACCUAAUUGUUCUUUUGUUCAAAAUCCUUCUAGUACUUGUAAUAUUCCUUUAAUACCAAUUAACAAUAAUGAAUUGGCAUCACCAUCAACAGAAAUAUCACAAAAUAAUAUAAUUGAAUAUCAGUCUACAAAUUCUUAUCAAUACAAAGAAUCUCAAAAAAAAUAUAGAAUCAUGUCACAUAGGUUACAAUCUUUUACUAAUUGGCCACUUUCUUCUAUUGUAUUACCUGAAAAUCUUGCCAAAGCUGGAUUUUAUUAUCUUCAACAUGAUGAUGAAGUACAAUGUAUAUAUUGUGGAGGUAUUUUAAAAAAAUGGGAGCUUGGUGAUGAUCCAAAUAAAAAACAUAGAAAAUAUUUUCCUAAUUGUAAUUUUUAUAUUCAUCAAGAUAAAGAUGAUAAUUUAUAUUUAAAUAAUGUAAAAUUAAUAUCUGGUACAACAUCAAAUCUUUUGGACUUAGGAAUACAAACACAUACAACUCCUAAAAAACAAGAUUGUGCAACAUAUGAAGGAAGAUUACAUACUUUUAAUGGUUGGCCAGAAAAUAUUAAACAAACUCCUGAAAUAUUAGCUAGUGCAGGAUUUUAUUAUGAUGGAUAUGGUGAUCAUGUUAGAUGUUUUCAUUGUGAUGGUGGCUUACGAAAUUGGGAAACAACAGAUGAUGUAUGGAUUGAACAUGCAAAAUGGUUUCCUAAAUGUGAAUUUGUAAAUCUUGUAAGGGGACAAGAAUUUAUCAAACAAUGCAUUAAUAAUAGACCACCAUUAGAUCAAUCAAUUUUUGGUAUAACAGAAGACGAAAAUAUAGAUAAAAUUGAAAUGUCAUGUACUUCUUCAUCUUCAUUAGAAAUUACAGAAGCAACAUUAAAAAAAUUAUUAGAAAGUCCAUUAGUAACAAUAGCUUUAGAAAUUGGAUUACAUAUGGAUAAAGUAAAAAGAGCUUUGAAAAAGCGAAUAGAGGAAGUAGGAAUACCAUACACACAUCCUGAUCAACUUGUAGAAGAUGUUCUUUGUGCGCAAAUUAUGGAAGAAUCAACAAAGAAACAAACAAACAAUAUAGAAAAAUGUAAUAAUAUGAAAAAAAAUGAAUAUAAAGAACAUUCAAUUGAAAAUAAGGUAUUUAAUCAUACAGCUAACAGAAAGACAAAUGUUAACUUCAAGGAAAUUACAUCUUUAGAAGAAGAAAAUAGAAAAUUAAAAGAAGCUCGCUUAUGUAAAAUUUGUAUGGAUCGAGAAAUAGCUAUUGUAUUUUUACCUUGUGGACAUUUAGCAACUUGUGUUUAUUGUGCGCCAUCUCUUACAUAUUGUCUAAUGUGUAGACAAGAAAUUAAAGCUAUUGUUCGUACAUUUUUUGGAUAUAAUAGAUUUGGCAAUAAAAAUAAGAUGACUGGUAUUAUUAAGCACAGAGAUUUUGGAAAUGAUUCAAACCUCAAAACUUCAACAAAUGCACAUUUAACAUCACCACUUCUUAUAACACCUCAUAUAUUGAAUGAUGAAGUAGAUAAUAUUGAUUAUCGCUUUGAAGCAGCAAGACUUCAAAGUUUUGAAAAUUGGCCUGUAUCAUAUAUAGAACCUGAAAAACUUGCAGCUGCUGGAUUUUAUUAUACAGGUGAAAGUGAUAAAGUUAGAUGCUUUGAAUGUCAAGUUGAAAUAUGUCAAUGGGUAGAAGGUGACAUUCCAAUGGUUGAUCAUCAAAGAUGGUCAGCAAGAUGUAGAUUUAUUCGUAAAAUAAAUUGUGGUAAUGUACCAAUAGGAGUAGAUCCUAACACAAUCAUCCCACCACGACCAAGAAGUAGAGAUGUAUGUGGCCCUUACGGUUUAGAAUAUCGACUUACAUCUGGUCCUGAUAAUCAUAAUUUUUCAACUGAAUUACAAUUACCAAGCACUGCUAAACUUAGUCGUUUAGGCUUGACAAGGCCUAAGGGACCUCUACAUCCUGAAUAUGCUAGUUAUGAUGCUAGAUUAAACACAUUUUCAACAUGGCCAAAAUCUAUGCCACAAACAAAAGAACAAUUAGCAGAUGCAGGUUUUUAUUAUACGGGAAAAGGUGAUCAAACUAUAUGUUAUCAUUGUGGAUGUGGUUUAAAAGAUUGGGAACCAGAAGAUAAUCCUUGGGAACAACAUGCAAAGUGGUUUUCUAAGUGCUAUUAUUUAUUAACAGUUAAAGGACAAGAUUAUGUGAAUAAAAUAACAGGCCAGCAUGUAUCUCCACCUUCAAAAGAAGAAACAAUACAAAUGAAUUUACCUAGUUAUAUUACAAAAAUACAACCUGCAAAUAUAGAAACAGAAAGGAAAGAAGGCACAGAUAGCAAUCCAGGAUCAAGUUCUCAAGAUAGUGGUGUAGAAAAUAUUGCAAGCAAUACAGAAUCUAUAAAAGAAAGUGCAGAAAAUUUAUCAAAUACAAAAAUACAAAAUAGUAAACCUACAGAUGAUGCAAGAAUGUGUAAAAUUUGUUAUAAUGGAGAAUUAGGAGUAGUAUUUUUACCAUGUGGACAUAUGGUUGCGUGUGUAAAAUGUGCUCCUGGCAUGAUAUCCUGUGCAGUAUGCAGAGAACCUGUUACAAUGACUGUACGAGCCUUUUUCUCAUAGUAUUCCAUAUAUAUCAAUAGUAUUCUAAUAAUUAUAGACAAAAAUUCAUUGCAUAUAUAGCUAAUAUUUAUGGUGAUUCUUUGCAUUUUACAUUUAAUUAUUUUUGACAAAUCAAUAUUUUAAUAACUAUUUUAAAAAGUUAUAAUCCGUCCAACGAAUCGAUUCAGUAUUGAUAAAUAAAAUAUUUAAAUAUAAAAUGUAAGUGAAUAUAAGACUUUAAUUGAUUGCAUUCAAUUAUUGAUUGGCAAGUAUCAGACAACUAUCGAUAUUUAUAAAAAAUCUUAUAUCAAAAUAAAAAAUUAUUGUUUAAGAUU